CAAAUCUACGUGAACACUGAACAGUCCAAACAAUGAGAACCAGAGUGCAACGUCGACGUAAUACGUUUUCGUGAAUCUCACUGGUUCACGUCUCCGUGUUUUUUUUUUUUUUUUGUGAGUUGGUUGCAGAUGUGUGUUUUUUUUUUUUUGGUACCGAGUGGAGAGGAUGCACACGGCACUCGAGUGAGCUUUUGGAAGAGACUCCACUUUAUCACAACACAAAUGGGCAAGUGGAUUCAGAAAAUGAUUAGGUGGUGAAAACACUAUAAAUCAUGAAGGUACAUAUGCACACCAAAUUUUGCUUCCUAUGUUUGGUGACAUUUUUGUUUCAUCAAUGCAGCCAUUGUCAUGAGGAGGGGCAUCACCAUCACCAUCACCACCAUUCUGAAGAAGAUCAUUCCCAUGACCACAGUGAUUACCAGAUUUCAGAGGCGCCUUAUAUGCACAAUAGUGUGGACAGUCCUUCAGACCUAAGCUUUGAAACACAUAAUGAAGCAGAGAGUGAGCAAAAGUUUUACAUAGAGCAGCUUUUCCUUCGCUAUGGGGAAAAGGGGAGACUUGACUUUGGUGGCUUUGAGAAGUUGCUUAAUAGCCUUGGUCUUGGUGAAGUGCGUGUGGUAGAGAUGAACCAUGAAGAGAUAGGACAUGACCAUGUUGCUCAUCUUGAUGCAUUAGAAGUCCAAGAAGGUCUACAUUCCCACUCACACUACCAUCCAUUUACACCAAGUAAUUUUCAUUUACACACUAACAUUCAGAAAGAAAAUGUAACAACAGCAAGGGUUAUCCAUUCUGCCCAGUGUAAGCAAUCCUCUCAUAGGGUAACUACUGUGGAAAAUUCUACUUUUAAGCAGAAUUACACAUCCCUUUCUAAUGAAGGUGGCAAAUCUUCCCAUAAGCAUCAUUUACAUCAUCAUAUUCAUAACAAUUCCACUCAGCAUCACCAUCAUCACAAUCAUCAUCAUCACCACCACCAUACCCACAAUGAUUCUGAAGUUCAUAACAAUCAAGAAGUGACUUCAUUUGUACAUAGUUCUCCUACCACUACACAAGUUCACUUGGAAUUUUCUGAAUCUGGGACCAAAAAACAUAGAAAGAAGAAGAAGGGCAUUAAAAACAAAAACACCACUAAUUCCUCAGUGCUUCUGAACCAACGAAUGGACAAGAAUGAAAGUCAGGACUUGCGUUUAUAUGUGGAGGGUCCUCAGGUUUACCACCAUGACCAUGAUGAUGGUAAUGAGAAAGAUCAGAAUUAUGAACACAAUCUGGACUCUGCAGAGCAGCACUUGCAUGUGCAGAAGCGGGAGAUAUCUAGUGAUCCAGCAAUUACUACCAUAUCAAUUGGGGGUCAUAGAAAUGAAGCACACCAUCAUAAUGAGCAGUGUUUAAAUGUCACAGAGUUGCUUGAGUACUUUGGGCUGAGUCCUGACUCUCUAAUUUCCCAAGACCAGUUCACCUACCUUUGUCCAGCCUUACUCUACCAGAUUGACAGCAGAGUAUGUAUAAAGCACAACGAUCAACAUGAAAUCCAACAUCAGGCUUUGAAGGAAUCUGUUUUAUCAGCUUGGGUCUGGGGACUUCUGUCCAUUACUGUCAUCAGUCUACUGUCUCUGCUUGGAGUGAUCCUGGUGCCUAUCAUUAACCAGUCAUGCUUCAAAUUUCUUCUCACAUUCCUGGUUGCACUAGCAGUGGGAACACUUAGCGGAGAUGCAUUGCUUCAUCUGUUACCCCACUCUAAAGGUGGGCAUGACCACAGUCAUGAUGGCAGAGAACAGCUGAAUACAGAAAAGAAGUCUGAUUUUCUAAAUGAAUAUGAUGCUGUGUGGAAAGGCCUCACUGCUUUAGGAGGAAUCUAUCUUCUCUUCAUCAUCGAACAUUGCAUAGGGAUGUUUAAGCACUACAGAGAGAAAGGGAGACAGAUGUGUUGGUAUUGGAAGAAAGAGAAAAGUGAAGAAGCACAAAUUGGAAGAAAGCUAUCUGAUCAUAAACUAAACCGAAGAUCUGAUGCUGAGUGGCUACACUUAAAACCUCUUACAGGACCAGAUGAUUCUGCUUUGUCUGAUGACAGUAAGCACAAUGAUACCCAACUGACAGAGCUUCAAGACUUGUCAGAUUCCCCCAGCAAAAGGCAGCUGUCUGCCGAAGAGGUAACUGUGAAGAUAUCAGAUUUCUCAGAAAAUGAACAGAACAAGCAGAGUGUCUUUCCUGCCAAAGAGAAUGGGAAGAAAGCAAAAAGUAAAAAGCACACUCAUGGCCAUAGUCAUGGACAUUCCCAUGGAAUUUCACAUGGACAUUCACAUCAUGGUCACUGUCACUCUGAUAAAGAAAUGAAGGAUGCUGGCAUUGCUAGUAUUGCGUGGAUGGUCAUCAUGGGAGAUGGAAUGCAUAAUUUCAGUGAUGGUCUUGCAAUAGGGGCAGCAUUCAGUGCUGGAGUCACAGGUGGCAUCAGCACCUCUGUUGCAGUGUUUUGCCAUGAGCUCCCACAUGAGCUUGGUGACUUUGCAGUCCUUCUGAAGGCUGGGAUGUCAGUAAAACAGGCCAUUGUUUAUAAUCUUCUUUCGGCUUUAAUGGCUUAUGUGGGAAUGGUAAUUGGAACUGCAGUGGGACAGUACACCCAUGAUGUAACCCUCUGGAUCUUUGCAAUUACUGCUGGGAUGUUUCUCUAUGUAGCUUUGGUAGAUAUGCUACCAGAGAUGCUGCAUUCAGAAAGUGAAGAUCUCAAGAGCUGGCGGAUGGGACAUUUCCUUCUUCAGAAUCUUGGCAUGUUGAUUGGGUUUGGCAUAAUGCUUCUCAUUGCCAUCUUUGAAGAAAAGAUUGUCCUUGACAUUCCCUUUUAGUCCAUCUAAAAGCAGCACUAAUAGAGAAAAUCAGUGUUUGUUGCUUUCGGUUAGCGUUAAUGCUUGUGUUGUAGUCCAAGUCCAUCUGUAAAUGAGCUUACUAUGACAGACAUGCAUUUCAGUAACAAAGCAGCUGCUUACAAAUUUCACUACCAGGUUUGAUAUUCUUUCAUUGUCUUAUUUUAUAAGCUGAAAAUAUUUUCUUCAAUACACCUCGCCCUUUAAUUCGUAGUGUAAUAUAUACACGCAAGGGGGGGCAAAGCACUAUCCCGAGUGCAGCCGGUUGGGUAAAAUUUAAUCUAUUUUAAUUCUGUGGGUAGCUUUUGGUUUAAUCUAUCAUUGGCUUGCCUUACAAGCUACUGUUUUAUUUGAAACAAAGAGACCAGAUUUUGUUUACAGUUUUUAAUAUGAAAGAAGAGGCUCUUUGAGUCUUGUUUCUUUGAAAAUAAAAAUGCAAUUGCAUAAAGUUGUUAUUCAUGUUUCUUUAUUGGUGCUAUAGUUUUGACUUCAUCUGAUUUACUUUAACAUAGUUUAAGAUGCUUGAUAUAUAAUAAAUAUACUCAAGCUAGAGUCGAACUAAGUAAUGUGAAUGAUCACCUGAUAUAGCCAGAGAUGUCAACAGUUGGUUGUCCACCAGUAGUUUAGUCUGUCUGUCACGAUAUUUAGUGAGACAUGGUCAGUUUCUGCUGUUGGCUUGUAAAAAUAAUUCAUCACGUUCAGACAAAGAAAAGAUGACACGCUGUGAGAUCGCAUAGAUUUUUCGUCUCACAAAGAAGCUGUGGCAUCAUAAGUCUCAGAAAGAGAAAAAUAAAUAUGUUUGCCUAAUAAGUGGAGCACCGGUCUACUGAAUCGGAGGCUUCUUUAGAGCAUUUGUGCAACAUUUAUGUAGCAUAUAUUUCAUUAAGCAUAUUGUAACUAUUGGCAAAUGAUUUUAUACCAAAUGUAGUAUUUGUCUGCUGCUCCGUGAUCAGUGAAGUCCGUGAUCCUGAGGUGGUUCUUGCCUACUGCAUGCAGUGCAUGCUUGCUGAGACUGACGGACUGGUGGUUUGUAAUCAAUUCUAGACCUCUCAGACUAAUCCCUUUGCUACUGUUACUACUUUUUGAAGCAUAGUCUACAAUGUUUAUUUUUGACUUUACCUCAGAUAAAUAGAAGUUAAAUUUAGAGAUAUGUCAAUGUGUAUUUUAAGAAAAAAAUGAUAAAAGUAAUUUCUAUGGUAAACAUUAAUAAGAAACACAGUUUUAUCUUUUUGCACAGAUUUCAUUUUCACCAUUUUUUCAGAUUUGUCAUGUAGUACAUUACAUCCCAGAUCUGUAAGAAAAAUAAGACAAGCUGUGUUUUUACAUGUGAGGGUUAAACCAGUGCAUUGUUUUCUUAUUUGUUAGUAACGAUGAGAGGUAAAUUGCAUUAUCACCUCAGAACAGGCUUUUUACAUAAUGUACGUGUAAUGCAGUGGUGCAUGCAGGGUGAUAAGAGCAUGGGUUUAAUGUUCGAUCUGUUAGGUAUUAGCUGUUAUAUGUCAUUAGAAAAUUCAGUUAAAUAUCUGGGAGGAACAUCAGAACUCCUGCCUGCAAACAAUGGUGAGCAAAUGCUUAGUGUGUCUAGCAACAUUCUAGUGCAAUGUGUGUACUGUAAACAUUUAAUUUUUUUUAAUUUUGUUCUGCUGUUGGUAUCUUUAUGCAGCAAUUAACAAUGCUGCUGUUUUCAGUGUACAAGUGGCUCCAAUAUAAAACAGAAAACAAAAGGAAAGCUACAGUGAAGCGCUGAGCAGGUGGCAAUGCAAUUUACCCUCUGAUUUACUAAAUACUGUAGGUUUUAUUUUACUGACUGAUUAAAUAAUAUAUCCAUUGUUCCUGUUAAAAUAUAAAUAACCCCCAAAAUACAUUUUUUAAAAAGCAUAUUGUUUUUAAUGGUAAUUUAAAUGAAAAAUGCUUUAAAUACUCUAUUUCCAAUAUGUGAGUGUGGAGGUCGAGGCAGAUGGCAUUUCAAGAAUUGAGACUCGUAACAGCGUGGGGAAAAUACGUAACUCUGUAGUAAUGAAUCUAGGGCUAAGAAGUCUCUGCUUUAAUCUAUAUCAGUGGAAUAAAUAAUUGGUGAAAGAUGAUGUAGUAAUGAACGCUUAACAUUUAUCAGCUAGUUUCAUUAGGCAGACUAACAAAAGCCGUGAUAAAUAGAAAUGUACCUUUCUAACGGUGUGAUUUUAAACAAAGUAGUGGAAAUGCUGCAGGCCUACCAAUGUGGUAUGCUACUGUCCCACAAAAAAAAGAAAAAACAAAAAACAACUUUUUACAAUUGAAUUUACUGUCAUUUUUAUAAUUAACAAAGGUGCAAACCCAAGCCAGAAAAUGUCCUGAAGAUGUAUAACGUAUCUUUUUGAUCGCACAAUUUGUUAUAGUAUAGCACAGUUAUAUUAUUUUCAUUCCAUUUUGAACCACUUCUGGCAAUUUCAAUAUGUACAGCAUUGCAGAUGACAAAAUCCUCCUCUUGCGACAAAAAAAACAACACAUUAAUAAAUGCGUGUUAUUGACACACUAUAAAAUGUGCUCGUUUUCUACAGCUUUGUGUAUAACAUGGUUAACACUGACUUCAUUAAAACAGUUCAUAAAAUAAACACCUUAUGAAUCUCUCAUUGCAACUCUUGUCAUUAAUGUUUUUCCCAUUAUUUUUCAAUGAAAAAAAAAAUCAUUUAGUUAUUCAAAUUGUUGUUUCUCCUGGGGAGUGGGAAUUAAGGGUGUUGUUUCCACUAUAGUUUGGCUUUUUUGGGUAGAUUUAAACACACUCGUAGUGCGCUGGUGCGGACCAAAACAACCAAACUAAGACCCUUUGGGAACAGAGCUCUCGGUGCAGUACCAGGUGAACCCUAAGGACAUUUACGUGAGAUUAGAAACUGAACAAAGGACUGAUCUAACUACAGGAAAUGCUUUGUAUUAUAAGUAACAUUUGUUCAAGCUGUGGUCGCCAUGCUUAUGCCACUGCUGCUACUCAUUUAGCCAUCUCAGCAUUAGGAGUCGAGGGUGAACAUGUAGCAGUGAGCAGGUACAAUGUCUCCACUCUGUGCCCUCACUAGAGCUUGCUAUCGUCUGUACAGUUGCUUACAUAAAAUGUCAUUUCUGUAGCAUGCAAAGUAGCAGAAAAUUUUCAUGUACUCUUGAAGUUAUCAGAUAAUACGCAUUCAGCUCACUGAGGUACAUUUGAUAAACAACCCACAUAAUUAUUGGAAAUGUGGAGGUGCACAAACACAGCUGUUGUCAACCCUCCAUGAAGAUUCCAUGAAUUGUUUUGGCCCAUUAAAUGAAGUCCAGGGCAUGGCCACAGGGCCUUUAACGUUCUAUUCUGGAUCAUUUAAAAGUUUACUGUGUGAAAUGCAACUGAAAUAACUGGAGAUUGAAACAAAGUAACUCGUAAUUUGAUUUGACAUAAAUCAAAUGGAAUGAGUGCAAUACCGCCUUAAGUAGCACUGUGCCUGUGAUAUUUUUGGCUGUUUCUACAAAAACAUAACAGUAUGCAGGUUUCCAUUGUUGGAAUAACUUGAUAAUUUAUGCAUUUUAUUGCAGCCAGUUUACCUUUUUUUUAAAUGCUGGCCAAGCUAGUCUAAAAUUAUCUUUAGAUAAACCAGUUAUUUCUCAAAACUGGCCAAUAUUUUGAACACAAUAAGCAAUAGAAAUAGGUCUGACUGGAGGAUAGUUAGAAUGAACAGGUCGGUGCUGCACAGGCGUGGAGCUCCUCAAUUCUUUUCAUUCACAUCUGAGCCUUUCCAUUACAUGCUGUGAUGUACAUGCAAGUAAGAAAAGAAAGUAAAUCUUAUUAAACGAGGUGCUUCAGAUAAGGACACGGUUAUUUUUUGUUUACAGUUUAACAAAUAAAAUGAGUAAAAGUACCAAAAACACGCACACACUGAAAUUAUCGUAACUAUUCAUUUGUGUUUUCAACCAGCUCGUUCCAGAUGCAAGUCCUUAAUUCUUGCAGUUGGAACGUUUGGAGAAAGUAUUUGGUGAUGUGGCAGCUGGUGUAGCUGAAGGUCACACAUGCUAGUUGCCCUUUUUUAAAGAGUUAAAUAAUGUAUGGCAUCAUUGCACAAGACACAAUCAAAUCAAUUGAUUUGGAAGAGCACACCUUCAAGUUUGGUCAAAUUCCAAAAUAUCACCCAAUGGGUGCGCAGAAAAUAAAACAGUGCUAAUAAAAACCCAAUCAGCAAAGGAAAGCGGAGAAAGAAGCCUGUAUAGGCUGCUGAUUAUCAAAAAUAUCAACUUUAUACAUGUAGGUUAAAAAACGUAAAGAACAUGUGACUGAUGUUAUUUAGCAAAAUAAGUCACAAAGGUGAAAAAUUAGAAUACUAAAUAAUUUUGAAGCUGAGGCCAGUUGUCUGGAAAUAUCAGUUAUGGUUCUUGAUGGCUUCAGCUCUCAAAAUGACAUUUAUCUAAAAUGAACAUGGUGGGCACUACGAGGUUGUCCUAGGGUGGUGAAUGUGAUAUUGUCGGGUUUCUGGUGUUCCUGGAACAACAUCAGCGUUGUGGUUUCAUUCACCUUUAAUCAAUCAGCUUGAGACUCUAAUUCUGACAUCAUAAACCUGGAUGUGCAUAAAAAAGAAUUAAAAAAUCCUGAGUGUAGACUCUCUCUUUUUUUUAUUCACAAAAUUGUGUUCUCAAUAGGAUUUUUUUUAAAAAAAAAAUUUUUGUUUAAAUUCUUAAGCUAUUUUUUUUAAUCUAUUGUUACAAAAAGUGAAAUUGGGUGCCUUUGAGUAGCAAGUCUCUGCUUUAUGCCAGAGGCUGACUUUAAAGCUGAUUGCUUAAAGGCGAAUGACUGUCCCAGAACAGCAAACUCCAUGUUGUCCCAUGAGCGAGAGAAACAGUGAGAAGAUCAGAUCGACUUGCCCAUGGCUGUUUAAUGUUUGUCCCCUGCUGGAACACAUUUUUGCUCCAUUUAAAGCACAGUAAAGUUUGUCUAGUCAAAAGACUCAGAAGUCACAGCCUUGCCUGGGAUGGGAAAAAGGUGCCUCAUCAUUUGAUAUUUUUGGAACAGGGCCAUAGAUAGGACAGGUACAGCAGGAGUGCUCCAUCAAUUUUUGUCUAGGUGGCGGAGAGGAGUGUCAACACAAUAAAAAAUAAAUCUAAAGUAUAAUUUGCCAGUCAUGUGUAAUUUAAUUUUUUCAUCAGUGCCAUUAUGGACAAUUAAAUUAGCAUUGGUAGAGGCAAAUGUGAGCAGGUAAGACUAUUACCUUUGACUAUUGGCAGUGACAGAGUGCUACCAAGUCAAGAUGGACUUUUUAUUUUAUUUGUUUUAAUUUUUUAGAUUACAGCUGUGCCAAAUGACAUAAUUUGCUUUUGUAGAAAACUCCUUGUGUAUGAAAUUGUACUGCCUCCUAACAUUCCAAUUCAUGAUUGUAAUUAUUCAAUAUCAAAUCAUUUUCUGUGCUUAGACCAGCUAGUUUUGUGUUUGCUGGAGUAAAGGUUCUGUGCGAUUUAUCCUGUCACUGUGUGACAUCCAUGCUCUUGUCCAUUGGGUGUGUAUCUGUAAUCACAUUAAACUAAUGUAAUUGAUCGGAUCAAAUCAUGCAUGAAGCAUGACAUUAGAAAAAGUGCAUUUGUAAAAGUACUCUUCUUCAUUUCCUUUAUCAGAUGUACUUGAAAGCAAUAUGUGAAAUCAUUACAUUGUGUGAAAACUUGGAGUAUGAUCUGUUUUGGGGCAAACUUGAAAAUAUUCACGACAAUGAUUUGGGAUAUGGAUACCUACUCAAGGCACUGAAAAUAAGUGGAGUGUGAAUUUAUUUUUUUCAACAAACAUUACAAAAAACAAUCUGAAAACACUGUGCUCUAAAUUCUGACAUCUCCUCUCAGGUUAAAAGUGCAGCUAUUUUAUUUUUGAAAAAUGAUUACAUUUGUAAAUAGGGUCUUUCUUUUCUGGUUGAAUUAGACAAUUGUGAAAUGUGUCUGGCCUAUGAACCUUGAAAUGAAAGGAUACUUGUUCAAGGUUUAAACAAAAUAUCGUAAAGAAACAAAUUUUGUAUAAAGCAUGCUAUUGUUUCACAAUGUAAGCCCCAAAGCAUAUCAUACUUGGUAUAACACUACCCUGUGUCAUUUCCUUCAUCCGUAAUAAUAAUAAUGAAGAUGUUUCAUGUUUACAGACUUAGAUAAAUGUAUUCAUCAUAUUUGCCAUCCUUGCUGAUUGUACACAUACUGUAUAUGCUGUAUGUAUUCCUUGUUCAACGAAGGAAGACAAUAAAGAUGUUAAUUAUCUGCA